AGAUACUAACUUUCACCUGCAUCGGCAUUAGGCUCAUUUUUCUGUUUGCUAUCAUCCCUUGCUCUCUCUUCUUGAUUCCUUUUUUUCCUUACCAUGGCUGCAGAACUUGUUGGUGGUGCUAUUUUGUCUGCCUUUCUUCAGGUGGCGUUUGACAAGGUGGCUUCUCGUGGAGUUCUGGACUACUUCCAGAAAAGAGGAUUGAAUGAAGCUCUGCUGGAGAAGUUGAAGAUCAUGCUGUUAUCCAUCAGUGGUGUCAUUGAUGAUGCAGAGGAUGAGCAAUUCAGCAAUCCAAAUGUGAAGUCCUGGCUUUGUGAGCUCAAAGAUGCUGUGUACGAUGCUGAGGAUGUCUUGGCCGAGAUUGACUAUAAUGUCUCCAAAGGCAAACUGGAAGCUGAAACUCAAACUACUGUUACUAGCAAGGUACGGAAUUUUUUUGGUACUGCUGGAAGUUCAUUUGAUAAGGAGAUAGAAUCAAGGAUGAAACAAGUGCUUGAAAACCUCGAGUUUCUGGAGAGUAGAAAAAUAGAUCUAGGAUUAAAACAAGGUAAAGCAGGUGUUGUUGGAUCAAUCACGAAGGUGCAGACAACCUCUUUGGUGGAUGAAGCUGGAACAUAUGGCAGAGAUGAGGACACAGAAAUAAUCAUUAAUUGGUUGCUAAAUGACAAUCACUUUUUAAUCAUCUCUGUAGUGGGCAUGGGGGGGUUAGGUAAGACCACCCUCGCUCAACUUGUCUAUAAUGAUCGCAGAGUGAAGAGUGGAUUUGACCUCAGAGUUUGGGUAUGUGUUUCCGAUGACUUUGAUGUUCUGAGGUUAACAAAAAUAAUUUUCAAGAGAAUCAUGACAUGUAAUGAUGACGCUGAAGAUUUAGAUAUGCUUCAAAAUAAGUUAAAGGAGAAGUUGACUGGGCAGAAAUUCCUUAUAGUUCUCGACGAUGUUUGGUGCGUUGAUGAUAAAUCAUGGGAAGAUCUUCGAGCACCUUUCAUUGAGGGGGCUCCAGGAAGUAGAAUUCUUGUCACUUCACGUAAUAAGAAUGUCGCUUUGGCUGCCCCCUCAGAUCAAAUACACUACCCACAUCAAUUAUCAGAUGAAGAUGGCUGGAUGUUAUUUACUAAAUAUGCAUUUCGCAAUUGCUAUGCUCAAACAAAUCUUGUUCAUCUUGAGGAAAUUGGUAGAAGGAUUGUUAAGAAGUGCCAAGGCUUGCCUUUAGCCUUGAAAACAAUCGGAAGUCUCUUGUACAAGAAAUUAUCUUGGGAGGAAUGGAAUGUCAUUUUGUCAAGUGAGAUAUGGAACAUUUCAUGUGACAAUAUUCUUCCUGCCUUGAUAUUGAGCUAUCAUCAUCUCCCCUCUCAUCUUAAGCGAUGCUUUGCUUAUUGUUCAUUAUACCCUAAAGAUUAUGAAUUUAAUAAGGAGGAGUUAGUUUCAUUAUGGAUGGCUCAAGAUUUCUUACAAGUCUCACAUCUUGAAAUGGCAAUUGAAGAGGGAGGCAAUGAAUGCUUCCAGGAACUUGUGUCAAGGUCUUUUUUUCAGAAAUCUACAAUAUAUAACGCACGUUUUGUUAUGCAUGACCUUCUCAAUGAUUUGGCAAAUUUUGUAUAUGGAGAAUUUUGUUCAAGGCAAGAGGAUGAAGGAGUGCUGAAUAUUUCAGAAAAAACCCGUCACCUAUCUUUUUUAGUGACAAGGUAUAAUAAAUUCAUACAAUUUGAGCAUCUGCACAAGAGUAGAAAACUACGAACAUUCAUGCCUCUUAGAUAUUAUCUAUAUUUCCAUUGGACUUGGAGCAACAUAAUGCUUGAUCAAUUGUUGAAGUGUAAAUGUUUGCGAUUUUUAUCUCUAUGUAACAAUAUUGAUGUUGUGGAGUUACCUAGUUCCAUAAGAGAUCUCAUACAUUUACGGUACCUUGAUCUAUCUGGUAGUGGAAUAAAGGGACUCCCCGAUACAAUAUGUCUUCUAUAUAAUCUACAAACACUGAAGCUAAACAAUUGUGAAUAUUUGGACGAGUUGCCUUCAGAUUUGCAUAAAUUAAGAAGUCUGAGUCAUCUAGACUUACAAGACAAUAGAUUGAAAAAGAUUCCACCAAAGUUGGGAGACUUGAAAAAUCUCCAAGUUUAUCUGACACCAUUUUACGUGGGCAAGUUCACUGAAUCCAGCAUCAAACGGUUAGGUGAACUUAAUCUUCAUGGAAAACUUUCUAUUUAUAGGCUACAGAAUGUAGUUCAUGGAAUGGAUGCCUUAGCCACAAAUUUGAAAGGAAAAAAAUACCUUGAGGAGUUAAGCUUGCUAUGGAGUGAAAAUGAUUAUAAAGAUUCCCAAAAUGAAAGAAAUGUGCUAGAAAAACUCCAACCUCACCAAAACUUGAAGAGGUUAUCAAUCAACUACUACGGUGGUACAAGGUUUCCAGAUUGGUUUGCUGAUAACACAUUGUCCAAUAUAGUGUCACUCUCGCUGAAAUAUUGCAGAUAUUGUUUCUUUUUACCAUCAUUGGGUCUUUUGCCGUCUCUCAAGUCAUUGUCCAUUCAAGGGUUGGAUGGCAUUAUAUCUAUGGGUGUUGAAUUUCAUGGAAGUACUGCUGUUUCAUUUGGAUCUCUUGAAUUAUUGAAGUUUGAGAAAAUGUUGAAUUGGGAGGAAUGGGAUUGUCAGACUGCUUCAAGAGCCUUCCCUUGCCUUAAAGAGCUCCACAUAAGAAAUUGUCCAAAGCUGAAAGAUAAGUUGCCCGAGCAACUUCCUUCCUUAGAAAUUUUAGUUAUUCAAGAGUGCCAAGAACUUGCAACUUUGGUACCAUGGGCUCCAAUGAUUCAAAGUUUGACACUUAGAAAAUGUGGGAAUUUACAGCUGGAAUAUAUUCCUUCCACUCUAAAAUAUCUCUCCUUUCAUGGACCAUGCACGAAUGCAACUUUGCUUGAAAAAAUUGAGCACAUUAUUGCUAACACCUGCAUUGAAGUUAUGGACAUUGGUGAAUGUUUGAAUUUGGAGUUCUCAUGGCAUCAACGUCAUGACUCACUUCGUGACAUACGAGUAAAAAGAAGUUGUGGGUCUCUGAGGAACUUGGCUUUGGAUCUAUUCCCUGCACUUAAGUUGUUAUGUCUUAAAGAGUGCGAUAAUCUUGAAAUGAUUUCUGUUUCAGAGGGAGGCAUGCAUGACCCAACAAGUCUUGAAGAUUUGGAAAUUGUGGACUGUCCAAAAAUUGUAUCAUUUUGGGAAGGGGGGUUUUCCGCCCCUAAGCUACGAAAUUGUACACUCAAACGUUUGGGGAAUUUGAAAUCACUACCUGGGCGUAUGAACAUUUUUGCUCCGUCUCUUAAUAGUCUAAUAAUAAGUGAUUGUCCAAAAAUGGAAUCAUUUUGAGAUGGGGGUUUGCCAUCAAUACUGAGGAAUCUUACUAUCAUGAAAUGCCCAAAAGUUAUUGCAGGUCGAAUGGAAUGGGGUUUGCACAAUUAUGCUUCUCUAAGUUGUUUGUGGAUUUCAGAUGAUGUGGUGGAGUCUCUACCUGAACCACGGCUGCUUCCACCUUCUCUUAGUAUUCUUUUCAUCAGUAAUUAUUCCAACCUUAGAAUGUUAGAUUAUAAAGGUCUUUGCCAGCUGUCCUCUCUCCAACAUUUGCUUCUUGAAAGCUGUCCGAGACUCCAAGGCUUGCCCAAGGAGGGCCUCCCCAGUUCUCUUUCUAGACUUGAUAUUGGGGGAGAUUGUCCAUUUCUUAAACAACGGUGCCAGAAACUGAAAGGCCAAGACUGGCCAAAAAUUGCUCACAUCCGUCAUGUUCAUUUGAAUUGACAGUGUGAAGUUCGAGUGGCCCGAUCAUUCUGUUUCCUAAUCCUACCCCACCACUUAGAAAUAUAUAGAAUGGUUUGUGGGUGAUCCAAUCGCAUCAUAGUAUAUGGAAAGACGAGUGAGUAUCUUUGGCUCUCUCUGAAGGACUUCACAGGUAUUGGUUAUUGCUUUUGGAAUGUUUCAAAACCAGCCUUGUUCUUUUUUUUCCCCCUCCCUGUUCGGGUUUCACGGCCAUGAGCAGAGCAGCUUGCACGAUACAAGUUUUCUUCUUCAUGCUUACAUUAGUAGAUGUUGGAAUCUCACAAUGUUGGAUUUCAAAGGUCUUUUCUUAAGAUUGUUCAAAGCUCCAAUGCAUUGGGAAUCAGGGAUUGAUAAUGGUAUGCUAACUUGAUCAAUUUUUGAAGUACAAAUGACUCAACUACUGUAUUUCCUAGCCACCACUCAGCAUUUACUCUGGCAUUAUUCUUGUUGAGAGCAAUGGAAAAUAUGAGCUUACUCUGGCAUUCGGGUUCUCAAUCUAAAGCAUCGCAAAUGAAGUCCAUGAAGAAGCUUUUUGCUGGUUCAACUCUGUUCUGUUUAAAAGAACAAACGCUCAACUCAAAUGUUGCCUCUCAAUUUUAUGCAUUACGAAAACAUAUUUCAUUGCCAGGGCUUGUGGGUGAUCCAAUCACAAUAUACACAAAGGGUUUGCUCGUUGGUUUUGGAAUGUUUGAAAACAGCCUUGUUCUAUUUUCUGUUGAACUUCCACAGCCACAUCAAUGUCCAUGAACAAAGAAGCUUGCACAAUCACAAUUCUUUGUGUUGCUUGGAAGUUUCAGAUGCUGAUGGGGCAGAGUUUCCACCUGAACCAGGCGUCACGCUCAUUUUUUCUGUUCUGUGUCAUCCCUGUCUCUUCUUGAUUCCUUUACUCCAUACCAUGGCUGCGGAACUUGUUGGCGGUGCUAUUCUGUCUUCCUUCCUUCACGUGGCUUUUGACAAGUUGGCUUCUCAUGAAGUUAUUGACUACUUCCAGAAAAGAGGAUUGAAGGAGACUCUAGUAUCCAUCAAUAGUGUCAUUGAUGACGCAGAGGAUAAGCAGUUCAGCGAUCCAAAUGUGAAGGCUUGGCUUUGUGAGCUCAGAGAUGCUGAGGAUGUCUUGGGCGAGAUUAACUAUAAUGUCUCCAAAGAAGCUGAAACUCAAGCUACUGUUACUAGCAAGGUGUUUUCUCGAAAAACUGACAUCAUUAUCGUACUUAGGAGGUCCGAAAAUGUGGAACAGGAGGUUCCCUGUCAUUGAAAAAACAUACACGCGCCAUCGUUGGAAGCCCACUCGCCUCACCGCCAAUUCACGCGCCAAUUGAAGGAAGACGACGAUGAUGUCAUCUGCCACGUCAUCUCUAUAACUGGUCAAUGACAGAAUCUCCAUUUUACCCCUAGACUGUCAAAAAUUUUCAUUUUGCCCCUAUCUUUUCUAAAAAUCCUAUUCUACCCCUAUAUCCUUUCAAUAUUUCCAUCUGCAUCCCAAUCUUUCCAAUAUCCCUAGCCUUGACGCCUAUCCAAAAUGCCUUCAAGACAUAGGCAUGUGCACGAGGUUGAGAUGGAAGAGAUGAGACAUAGGAUACGAGAGUUGGAAGCCACUGUGGAAUUGCAGCGAACUCUGUUAAACAACAACAGAGAAAACUUAGAGGGAGAUUUAGGAAGCAGUAUUUUAUCAUCCACUGACAACCGCCGUCGUCCACAACAACAACAAUUCUGCCCUAAUGACAUCAAGGUAGACAUUCCAGAUGAUUUUGUAGCCAGAUGAGUUUGUAGAUUGGCUGCAAACUGUUAAACGAGUAUUUGAAUACAAGGAGAUUUCAGAUGCGCAGAAAGUCAAAAUUGUCGCCCUUAAACUCAAGAAACAUACUUCUAUUUGGUGGGAAAACCUCAGAAGGAAGCAGGAACGUGAGGGAAAGCCCAAGAUUGAGACCUAGGAGAAAAUGAAAUGCUAGCUCACCAAGAAAUUUCUGCUAGAUCAUUACUACCAAGAUAAUUUUAACUAGCUACAAAAUCUUUGACAGAGAUCUUUAUCUGUAGAAGAAUAUACCAGAGAAUUUAAGUAGCUCAUGAUGAAGUGUGACAUUCAGGAGAAUGAGGAGCAAACAAUAGCCCGGUACCUUGUAGGCUUAAACAUAGAUAUCAGUUGUCCAAUCCAGCUUCAGCAAUAUUGGACCUUGGAUGAUGUCAUCCGUCUAGCCAUGCGUGUUGAGAAGCAGACGCCCAAGAGAUCUACUUUCCAGCCAUCGUCCUAUAGGGGUUAUCCAGAAGGCCGUAAGGCAAAAUUUCAGUAGACUAACUCCUCAAGUAAGCUGCAUUCUAUCACUAUGCCUAAACCACCAUCUAAUGCUGCCAAGGAAUCUAGCUCUAAAGUAAUCAAAUGCUUUAAAUGCUAAGGAUUUGGCCACAUUACUGCGGACUGUCCUACUUGAAGGGUUGUCACCAUUAGGGAAGGACCAGAGUAUGAAGCACUUAAAGAAGAUGAGGAGGACUCUGAGUUCUACGGCACUGAUCCCAUGUAUGACGAGGAGGUCAUGCCUGCUGAUCAGGGAGCAGCAUUGGUGCUUAAACGAAGUCUGCAUACAACUGUAGUCAAAGAAGAACCUUGGCUAUGACGUAACAUUUUUCACAGUCGUUGCAUAACCCAAGAAAAAUUUUGUAAUGUCAUCAUUGAUAGUGGAAGCUGUGAAAAUGUAGUAUCUGACUACAUGGUGGAGAAAUUGAAGUUGCCAACACAAGAUCAUCCGUAACCUUACAAGUUUCAUUGGCUCAACAAAGUGAAUGAGUGCAAUGGAGAAGUCAGGGAAAAGUUGUCAACCUUCAAGUAGAUCAGAUUGAUAAUGAUACAAUAAUAUCAGCCACUACUUCGAACUAGGCCAAAAGUACCAAUCUGAUUCGCAAAAUGCAUGGAAGAGAAAAGAGAAUCACUCUAUUUGAAAAUUGCAGCUUUAUGCUUUCUUGACGGCCAGAUUGGGCAAUGAGCAACUUCACUCUGAUUCUGCAGACAUGUUUGACAGAAAUCACCUUCCAAGAUCCGCUUGAUGAUAUGUAUAGACGAUGAUGAUCAUGAUCAUGAUGGAUAAUCCAUAGAGAAAUUAAUGUGUGUUUAACAAAUUUUAAGUUUAUUAAUUUAUUAAUUUUUUGUCACAUAGAUAGAAUUCCUUGUAUUUCAAUAUUUCUAGCUUGGAUUUAUAUUACAGAAGAAUAUAAGGAAAGUAUAAGUUCCUAUUUCUUGCUUA